CCCGUCACCGGACCCCACACCCUCCUUCCCGCCGCCGCCGCUCGCUGGAGACACAGGAGCUGCGCGCACGAGGGGACGCUCGUCCUCGCCGUCAUCCUCACGCUCGUCGCCGGCUCGUGCGCCACCACGUGCUGCGCGCGCUCCUCCGGCUCUUUGUUCUCCUCGCUCUCCUCAGCAUCCCGGUGCUACGGGACUCCCUCCACCCCCCCCCCCCGAGGUGGGACCCCGAUCCGUGGCGACCGGGUCCGCUCGCGGGGACUAAACAAAACAACAGUGCGGUGCUCUGCUCAUGUUACUGUGGACCGCUGUUGGACCGCGUUCUGUAGGACCGUCUCAGUUAUUGCGCCUGGACAGUUGGGAUUUUUGUUGGACUGCCGCGGGACUGUUUGGGUUAUGGCUGGACCGCUGCUGCUGGACUGUGAUAUUGCUGCCGAACCGCGGUUGGACCGUUGAUCUUCUGUUGGACUGCUGUUGGACCUUUGUCCUCGUCGCACCGGGUCUCAGCACCUCUGCGUUCUCUUUACUGCAGGAACUUUAAUGACUGGACGUUUUUGAACUUAUUUUGAGCGCCGUUGCAGGUUGGAACCGAACCCAUAUCCGGCUGGUUGCGAACGGUCACCCCGAACACACGACGUUGCCGGAGAGCAGCUCCUGCGAAGGAGGCACAAGCGUUGCUGGGAUACGGUGACUUGGCUCAGCGACCCCCGCCCCCACCUGUGACACCGUGCCCCAUGAGGUAACAGCAGCCGUGAAACCGCACGUGGACCCACGCGCACCGCCACCCCGACCGCGCUCCCAGCGCCGGCGCCGCCAUGGGUCAGAAGAUCUCCGGCAGCAUCAAGUCGGUGGACGUGCGCGGUGAGUCGGGGCUCCGUCCUGCGAGGCGGGAGCCGCGGGGUCCUGACUUCUUCAAGCCGGCCCGCCUGGACCUGCUGCUGGACAUGCCGGUGGCGCCGCCCGACCUGCAGCUGCGCCACGCCUGGAACGGCGAUGACCGGUCACUCAACAUCUUCGUCAAGGAGGACGACCGGCUCACGUUCCACCGGCACCCGGUGGCGCAGAGCACGGACUGCAUCCGCGGACGCGUCGGCUACACGCGGGGACUGCACGCCUGGUGCAUUCACUGGCCGGCGCGGCAGCGCGGCACGCACGCCGUGGUGGGCGUGGCCACGGCCGAGGCGCCGCUGCACUCGGUGGGCUACACGGCGCUGGUGGGCAGCAACGCUGAGUCGUGGGGCUGGGAUCUGGGCCGCAACAAGCUCUACCACGACAGCAAGAACCUGCCGUCAUCGGCGGCGCCCACCUACCCCGCCUUCCUGGAGCCGGACGAGUCGUUCGCGCUGCCCGACUCGUUGGUCGUGGUGCUGGACAUGGAUGAGGGCACGCUGAGCUUCAUGGUGGACGGCCAGUACCUGGGCGUGGCCUUCCGGGGGCUCAAGGGCAAGAAGCUGUACCCGAUCGUGAGCGCCGUGUGGGGGCACUGCGAGAUCACCAUGCGCUACAUCAACGGCCUCGAUCCGGAACCGCUGCCCUUGAUGGACCUGUGCCGACGAGCGGCGCGAAUCGCGCUCGGCCGUGACCGGCUACACCGGAUUGAAUCACUACCGCUGCCUCAGUCUCUCAAGAAUUACCUCCAGUACCAGUGACCGCCGGAGCCGAGAACAGAAGGACACGGCCAAGGAAUUGAAAUCAAUGCAAACGGGGGUGGGGAACGAGGGAUGGACACACAGAGGGUUUGUUUACAUUGAGAGCUGUGUCUCUGCAGUGCAUACGAGACCUAUUUUCAUUUCUGUUUUAAUCGUUUUAAAUUAUUGAUUACCGUCACUCUCGGAUGAAGAAACUGGUGGAAACCCGAGACUUUGGCUGGAACUGCUUUGCUGUGGUAGCAUCGGGGGUUUGAGGAGGAGAGCAAGAGUCCCUAUGGGAAGCACGGUAGCCCUGGGAUGCCUUUCAACCUUUAGAUAUUUGAUCAUAAUCACGAGUCUCGGGGUCCAUCGGAGGGCUGAGUGGGUUGGUAUCGUGUCUGAGCCCCAUCGCCCAUCACCCGCAACCCUCAAAGGAUCGAAGGCGCCACCGGUGCAGCCGCGAAGGGGUUUUCCUCUGCGGAUGAGCAGAACCAGGCCACCCAGGACUUCCUAAAAAAAUGUUAUGUCACAAAAAAACAAUAAUUUUAUUUCCAGUUUGGCUGUAUUUUGAGGAGCCACAGUGUAAUUUUAGCUAGAUACCCCCUUCCUUUAUUUCAGCUUUUGGUUAUGAUGAUAGAAAGGUAUUUGAUAAUAUAAUGCUAAUUUAUCUGUCCACAAGUGGAUCUUUUUAAUUUAAUGGGUUUAUUGGCAGAUAAGCACAUUGGAGAUGGUGACUUUAGUCGCCCGAGAUCUUUUUUAACUACAUGCUGCUUUAUUAUUAUUAUUAUUAUUAUUAUUAUUAUUAUUAUUAUUAUUCACUUUUUUUCUAAGGUUUUAACGCUCCCUGCCUGCUCUGUCCGGAUGGGACUAGAGGUCUUGCCACAGCGAACGGUGGAAUGUAGGGUCAACGUUGCCCUUUAGCAUAUUUUAAAUGUGAAUAAAAACAGUGAU